AUGCCACAGAGCUUUUUUUGGCAGGUGGCUGUCGCUCUUGCUGCUUCCUAUUUUGGUGUCUGCAAGGGUCCCGCAGCAUUUGGCAGGAGCGACAUCUACGAAGGGAAAUAUCAACGUGCCGAAUGUCCCAAAGUCCUCGCCGUCCCACGGCGACAUCAGACAGCAGCGACAAAGAGGAUUCGCCACCGCACUCCCAGGAACAGGUCUAAAGAGGGCUUUCCUGAGCCGCUUGCCACCAGAAGCAGCGAACGCGACGCGCACUCCUAUUGUGCAGGCGGAAAUGAGAUUCUCCCAAAACGACAGAGUCAUGAUCGCGUCUACGAGGACAGUCUAGUUGUCGACACUGCGAGAGGUUGA